GGCUGGAGAUCGACAUGGAGCCAAUAAACAAAGAUGCCAAAACCAACCCGGCCGCAACGGCUAAUUUACUUUCACGUAUAUUUUUCUGGUGGUUGAACCCUCUUUUCCAUACUGGAUCUAAGAGAAGACUUGAAGAUGACAUGUUCACGGUGCUUCCAGAGGAUCGCUCCAAGAAACUUGGGGAGGAACUGCAGAGAUACUGGGACCAAGAAGUGAAGAAAGCAACCAAAGAGCUCAGGACACCCAAACUCAGCAAAGCCAUUAUCAGGUGCUACUGGAGGCCUUAUGCAGUACUGGGAGUAUUUACUUUUAUAGAGGUGGCUAUUAAGGUGGUGCAGCCAAUUUUUUUGGGAAAACUCGUGCAGUAUUUCGAGAGCUAUGACCCUGACAACAUGCCUGCGUUAUACGAGGCCUAUGGGUAUGCAGUGGGCGUCUCUCUCUCCACCCUGGCUCUGGCUUUAAUGCACCACCUGUACGUUUACCACGUCCUGAGGGCUGGAAUGAAAAUCCGCAUUGCAAUGUGUCACAUGAUCUACAAGAAGGCGCUUUGUCUUAGUUCCACAGCUAUGGGCCAGACCACCACAGGGCAGAUUGUUAACCUCUUGUCUAAUGAUGUCAGCAAGUUUGAUGAGGUGACCAUUUUUCUGCACUUCCUAUGGGUGGGACCUUUGCAAGCUGCAGCUGUGGUCUGUCUACUUUGGUAUGAAAUCGGACCAUCUUGCCUUGCGGGAAUGGCUGUUUUGCUUUUUCUUAUGCCGCUUCAGACCAUGUUUGGAAAACUGUUUUCAAAGUUCAGGGGUAAGACCGCUGCCUUGACUGACAAUAGGAUAUGCACCAUGAAUGAGGUGGUAUCUGGUAUACGUGUAAUUAAGAUGUAUGCUUGGGAGAAGCCAUUCGCAGCGCUGGUUAAUGAUGUACGAAGGAAGGAGAUCUCAAAAAUCAUGAGUAGCUCAUACCUCCGUGGAUUGAACAUGGCCUCGUUCUUUGCCGCUAGUAAAAUCAUUGUGUUUGUGACGUUCACCAUGUACGUCCUUGUGGGCAAUACCAUUUCAGCCAGUCACGCAUUUGUGGCCGUGUCACUGUACAGUGCUGUCCGCCUCACCGUUACACUGUUCUUUCCUUCUGCUAUUGAAAAAGCAUCAGUGGCUGCCAUCAGCAUCUGCAGGAUCAAGAAGUUCCUCUUACUGGAUGAGUUUGUGAAAAACCACGUUCCACUUUCUCAGGAGGAGGAGGAGAAGAAAGAGGCAUCUGUGGAGAUACAGGACCUCAUAUGCUAUUGGGACAAGACUCUGGAUGCGGCAGCAUUACAAAACGUGUCUUUUACUGUAAAGUCGGGUCAACUUCUGGCUGUUAUUGGUCCUGUGGGGGCUGGCAAGUCCUCUCUGCUCAGUACUGUUCUCGGUGAGCUUCCAGCUGAAAAGGGUGUGGUAAAGAUCAAAGGUGAGCUCACCUAUGCUCCACAGCAGCCCUGGGUUUUUCCAGGCACCGUUCGGAGCAACAUACUGUUCGGGAAGGAGCUGCAGCCCCAGCUAUAUGAGAAGGUCAUCAGAGCCUGUGCAUUAAAGAGGGACAUGGAGCUGCUCCCUGAUGGGGAUCUGACUGUGAUCGGAGACAGAGGAGCAGCUCUCAGUGGAGGCCAGAAAGCUCGAGUCAACCUGGCUAGGGCUGUCUAUCAGGAUGCUGAUAUUUACCUGCUGGAUGAUCCAUUGAGUGCAGUAGAUGCCGAAGUGGGCAGACACCUGUUUGAACAGUGUGUCUGUGGUAUUCUGAAACAUAAGCCCAGGAUCCUGGUUACUCACCAGCUGCAGUACCUGAAGUCUGCAGAUCAGAUCCUGGUUCUGAAGGAGGGUCACAUGGUGGCGCAUGGCACAUACUCUGAGCUGCUGCUUUCAGGAGUGGAUUUCACCUCUCUGUUAAAGAAAGAUGAGGAAGAAGUGGCUGUGGGUGAUAAAGGAGAGGCUCCUCGCUCCCCUCGCAGUCGAACCCUCUCCCAGAACUCUGUCUGCUCACACUCUUCAUCAGUUCUAUCUGUCAAAGAUGAAUCAGAUCAGCUAACGGCAGAGCCUGUUCACACUGUUGCAGAAGAGUCUCGCUCGGAGGGGACCAUCGGCCUCCACAUGUAUUGGAAAUACUUCAGAGCUGGAGCCAGCAUCUUAAUGCUGGUCUUCCUCAUGCUCCUCAGCAUCCUCGCACAGGUUUCUUAUGUCCUUCAGGACUGGUGGCUUGCAUACUGGGCUUCAGAACAGGAGAAGCUGGAGGCCCCUCCAUCGAACAUCACUUUCACCAAUGGCAUCAGUGUUAACACUACUCAAGAACUAAACCUGGACUUCUAUCUCGGUAUCUACGCAGGUUUAACAGGAGCCACCAUUGUCUUUGGUUUUAUGCGUGCUCUGAUUAUGUUUAAUGUGUUUGUGAGCUCGGCCCAGACAUUACACAGCCGCAUGUUUAACUGCAUCCUGAGAACCCCAGUCCGUUUCUUCGAUAUCAACCCUAUUGGAAGAAUUCUCAACCGGUUCUCCAAAGACAUUGGCCAACUCGAUUCUUUACUUCCUUGGGUGUUUGUGGAUUUCAUCCAGGUGUUUCUGCAGAUCUUUGGGGUCAUCGCUGUGGCAGUGUCAGUAAUACCUUGGAUUCUGAUUCCUGUGCUGCCCCUGUUGAUAGGCUUCCUCUUCCUGCGACGCUACUUCCUCCGGACCUCGCGAGACAUCAAGCGCCUUGAAUCCACCACUCGAAGUCCUGUGUUUUCCCAUCUGUCAUCUUCAUUGCAAGGACUGUGGACCAUUCGUGCCUUUAAAGCACAGGAGCGGUUUCAGCAAAUGUUUGAUGCCCAUCAGGAUCUGCACUCAGAGGCCUGGUUCCUGUUCCUGACCACUUCACGCUGGUUGGCUGUGCGUUUGGAUGGAAUGUGUUCAAUUUUUGUGACCAUCACAGCCUUUGGAUGUCUUCUACUAAAAGACAGUAUGGAGGCAGGUGCUGUGGGUUUGGCCUUGUGCUAUGCAGUCACGCUGAUGGGAAUGUUCCAAUGGGGCGUUAGACAGAGUGCCGAGGUGGAGAACUUGAUGACUUCAGUGGAGAGAGUGGUGGAGUACACAGAGCUAGAGAGUGAAGCACCUUGGGAAACCCAAAAACGACCUCCUCCCGACUGGCCAAAUCAGGGCCUGAUAACCUUCGAUCGGGUCAACUUGUCCUACAGUGCCAAUGGACCUGUAGUCCUCAAGAACCUCACAGCAAUGUUCAGAUCCAGAGAGAAAGUCGGAAUUGUAGGACGCACUGGUGCAGGGAAAAGUUCCCUGAUAUCAGCGCUGUUCCGUCUGACGGAGCCAGAAGGGAAGAUCUUCAUAGAUGGUGUGUUGACCUCUGAGAUUGGCCUUCAUGACCUCCGUCAGAAGAUGUCCAUCAUCCCGCAGGAUCCAGUUCUGUUCACUGGAACCAUGAGGAAGAACCUGGACCCCUUCAGCCAGCACUCAGACCAGGACCUGUGGAGCGCUCUGGAGGAGGUCCAGCUGAAGACUGUUGUGGAGGAGCUGCCAAGUAAACUCGAAACAGAACUGGCUGAAUCUGGAUCUAACUUCAGUGUGGGUCAACGGCAACUCGUCUGUCUGGCUAGAGCCAUUCUGAGAAAGAACCGCAUUCUCAUCAUUGAUGAGGCCACGGCAAAUGUGGAUCCUCGGACAGACGAGCUGAUCCAGAAGACCAUCCGUGAGAAGUUUAAGGAGUGCACCGUCCUCACCAUUGCACACCGACUCAACACUAUCGUAAACAGUGACCGUAUCCUGGUUCUUGAUGCAGGUCGCAUCCACGAGUACGAUAAUCCCCAUGUUCUCCUACAGAACCAGAAUGGGAUCUUUUAUAAAAUGGUCCAGCAGACCGGAAAAGCAGAAGCAGCCUCGUUGGUCCAGACCGCCAAACUGGCAUACAUGAACCGCAGUCAAUCCCACCUGCCCAACAGCUUUGCCACCGCGGAAGAUGGCAGUCUGGUGAUCUUUGAGACGGCUCUAUAACAGCCAUGUGGCCACCAAGUGCCUGAUCUACAUGGGGCACAGUUGCUUUCCUUCUGCGCAGGGCAAUAGGACAGAAGUUCUGCCUACCUCCACCCAGACACAAUUGCGAGAUCUCUGCUUGGUCAAACUGAGUGGAUCUGGAGACUUGUACACUUCGUAGACAUGUGCUAAGGCUGAACAUUUACACCAACAAAUCCAGAGAGCAAAGGGUGAUAGCUACAAUCACAAGAGGAGGCACCAAUUAUGCACAAACUUAAUACACCCACAUUCUGAUUUCUCCAGUAAAAUAGUGAAAGACUAGGUAACUAUUAAGAUUACUUGAUUGGGGGGCUUGGGUAGCUCAGCGAGUAUUGACGCUGACUACCACCCCUGGAGUCGGGAGUUCGAAUCCAGGGUGUGCUGAGUGACUCCAGCCAGGUCUCCUAAGCAACCAAAUUGGCCCGGUUGCUAGGGAGGGUAGAGUCACAUUGGGUAACCUCCUUGUGGUCGUGAUUAGUGGUUCUUGCUCUCAGUGGGGCGCGUGGUAAGUUGUGCGUGGAUCGCGGAGAGUAGCAUGAGCCUCCACAUGCUGGGAGUCUAUGCGGUGUCAUGCACAACGAGCCACGUGAUAAGAUGCAUGGAUUGACUGUCUCAGAAGCGUAGGCAACUGAGACUUGUCCUCCACCACCUGGAUUGAGGAGAGUAACCGCGCCACCACGAGGAUCUAGUAAGCAGUGGGAAUUGGGCAUGCCAAAUUGGGGAGAAAAGGGGAUAAAAUAAAAACUUAUUAAAUAAUUACUUGAUUGGAUACUGUAUAUAACUUUUUUUUUUUUAAUACGUGCCUUAAUAUAAAGUGUAGUACCAGGACUGAUAGAUAUACAUAGUCUUUUUGGGCCAAAGAAGUUGCUCAAACUAAACACUAUGCUAUUAGCUACACUUGUAUUUAGUUACACAGGUGCCUUUACUUUAUAAUUUGUGGUUUCACACUCUACAUACACGCAGCUGGAUUCUGACAGCAACACAAGGCCUUAUAAACGUUACGACUGCCUUAAGACAAAUCAUGGUAAUAAGGAAGAUCUCUUUCUGAUUUUUAUUAUUUUUUAUACUCUGACAUUUGCCUUAAUUAUUGAAAUAAUCACAAUCACUUUAGAGAGAGUGUAUAGAAGCAUAUUUGCUGAAAAACAUUUGCUGACUGCAUUGUGUUAAUGCUGCAUUAUAUUGAAUGUGGAAACUUAUACCUCGUCUUGACAUGCAGUUCUUGUGCAGUACAAACAAUAUUGGGCAUUAUAUUUGUGUUUAAUGUAACCUCUACAUGUAAUGCUUUUUUAAAAAAGAUUUUAUUAUCAUAAUUUGUUUGCUAAUUUGGAAAUGUGGGAAGAAAGGGAUGGUUAAUGAAUGCAGUAGAGUUUCUUUCUACUGUUAAUCCGAUUUAUGUCUUAAUGGCUCUUAGGUACACUAUAUUCAUAAAUGAGUGAAAAACAAAAUUUGUCCUUAGUAUGGUUUUUGUUUUGUUUGUUUUUAAAAAUGUGUAUUAUUAAUAAGAUAAUUAUAUGAUUAUCUCACAGUUUAGAGAAUGUUAUCCUAACCAUGUUUUUGUCCCCAACAAAGUGUUUAGACACUUAAAUUGCCUUUAAAAAUGUAGAAAUGUCAUUGUACUAGAAAACAAAACAUAAAACCAAGUGACAUCUGCAAACAAAUGUGCUAGAACAUUUCUCAGAACUAAAUUCACUUAAUGGCACACAUUUGAAAUGCUUCUUGUGCCCAUUGUAUUUUCAUGUAGGUUGAGUAUUGCUGGGAAACCCCCUGUAUUCAAAUAAUCUGGAGAAGAACAACCUCCGGCAUUGAACUUUGUCACUUUACAUCUUUCAUAAUGGUUUAAAGGUUUGGUGCCGGGGGAGAUGGCAGGUAUUUGUUUACAGUCUGUCAUCUGUGUCCCAUGGUGUUUUGAGACCAUUAUGUCAGGGCGUAAAGGAAUUAACCUGAAGGCAAAAUCCUGGAUUGACCGAGAACAAGAGACAAUGUGUUAGGCAAGCAGGCAUCGAAUCGCAGCCUCUUGUCCUCGCCAUUUGUGGCUUUGUCUGUAAUCGUAACCAUCAUCUCUGGAGUGUAAGUGAUACUGUAGGCCUUUCUUCUCCUGGAUGGACAAACAAAAGUAUGAGAUCUUUCCAGUAGAGGAUCCCAUUGUGUUCGGUUCAAAGGUGUGCACAAGAAGGAAUGCUUGCCUUUGCUUUUCCAUUGAAAAAGCACUUUCAAUACACUCUGGUAAUGCACAUAAAAUUGAGAGGAGAUAUGAAAGGAUAGCCAGAUCCAUUAUAAUGAGAGAUAUGUGGUAUGCUUUCCUUGCAGCAAUGAUCAUACCAAAACAAAACACUCAAACUUGGUGAUAAGUAGGCCAGAAUUACUUAACUUUUGUGUAUUAAACUGAUGAUUCUUAUGUCUGUCCUUGUUUUACAUUAGAAGAAUUUACAAUAUCUUAUUAUGUACAGUGGCCCCAAAAUAUUUUUGGACACAUAAGCCACACUUAAAAACUUAUGGCUGAAUAAGUAGGCACAAUUUACAAUAUAUCUGCAAAAUUAAUUUCAAGCAUUUAAGGGUAACACUUUACAUUCAUGUAAUCUUUUUUUAGGUGUUUAUAAAGGGUUUCCUUAAUCACUAAUAUGUAAUGUACAAUGGAAUACAAAUGGAAACUUUCACAUAAUA